GAAUGGUGGCGUUUAGUCUUUGAUAUGCAAGCUGAAUAAUCCACUCCUAUCUCUUUCAUUUUCUUUCUCUCUUUCAGAAAUCUAAAUCAGUGUAUUUCGUUAUGGCGUUUCUACUUAAUAAAGCCUCCACGAUUUCUCGAUUCGCUUCUUCUUCUGCUCAGAAAGUGAAUCCAUCGUUUCUUCAAUCGUCUCGCCGUGGAUUUCAUAUUGAACUUGGUGCUCGUGAGAAAGCUCUUUUGGAACCACACCCAGCGCUGAUACGUUUCAAGUCUACUAAAAAAACUGAGCACCUAGUCAGAAGAUUUGGAGAUGUCCUCGCCCUUGUUGUCAUUUCUGGAGGUUGUUAUGAGGCGUAUGUCAGAAAAACAUGAAGGAAAGAAGCUUGUAAGGAGGCAAAUUGACGGGAGGUCAUAAUGUAGGGUAUUCUCCUUGUAAGCUUUGCUUUGUUCUGCUCUUUUCCUUCCUUCCUCAUUAAAAUCAUUAAGUCUUUUCAAUCACUCCUCUAAGAUCUUUUUCCGGUUUUUUGAAUAAAUAAAGAAAGUUUUGUAGCUUAUUGCUUUGAGAUUAAGCUUGUAAAGAAAGAGUGAUUAACAGUGGGUGGUUUGUCUAAAAAUAACUAAAUAAGGAUUCUUCAGUGAGAUACUUCCUGCCUUUCUUGCAGUGAAAUAUUUCAUAAUUACUAAAAUCACGAACAUUCUGGUGUUUCAGAAUGUAAUUGUCUGUUUUUUCGGUUAA